GCACGUGAAAGCCAGGAUCUGGGACACCCACGAGGGCUGCUUGGCUGAGGGCAACAGGAUCAGGACCCUCCCUGCCGGGGAUGGACUGCGGACACUCGGCCGAGAGCAGCGAGGAGAUUUCCAGCCCGGGGGCCGAGCCCGAUUCCUCUGCCGGCAGCAGCGCUUGCUGCCCGCCGCUGGCGGCCGCGCCGCGGGCCGCUCCCGGUGCCGCUCCCGGUGCCGCUCCCGGUGCCGGUGCCGCUCCCGGUGCCAGUGCCGCUCCCGGUGCCGCUCCCGCUCCGGGCCGCCCCGCCGCCGCCAACGCGGCCCGGGAGCGCAGCCGGGUGCAGACCCUGCGGCACGCCUUCCUCCAGCUGCAGAAGACCCUGCCCUCGGUGCCGCCCGACACCAAGCUCUCCAAGCUGGACGUGCUCCUCCUGGCCACCACCUACAUCGCGCACCUCACCCGCAGCCUGCAGGAUGAGGAGGAGACACCGGGAGAGGGCCUGGGCACCCUGCGAGGGGAUGGGUACCUGCACCCUGUCAAGAAGUGGCCCAUGCGUUCCAGGCUGUACAUUGGAGCCACGGGACAGUUUCUGACUCACUCGGCACAAGGAGACAGCGCAAACCAUGGGGAAACAUCAACAUCUUCACAGAUCUAACCUCCCUUCUUGCUUUGAAAAAAAUGGUUAUUUAUUACACCUUAUAUAAAUAUAUAUUUAAGUUAAAAAAACAGUAUCUACAGACAAACUGUAAUUGCUGAAAUGCUGUUUGUAGAGGAGAAGGAAUUGAUUCUGAAAUAUAAUUAAUACCUCAUUAAGUUAACGUGACACAUCAUUGGUUUCUGUCACUGCUGCCAUCUGAAUGAGGGGAGCUGGUGGUGACUGCAGCCAGCACCAAUCCCAGCAGCAGCAGCAGCCAAGAGCUGCCAGCAGAGUCAGGUAUCCUUGUCCUCUCUGGGACAAGUGCUGAGACAAAGGAGAGGAGGAGUUAUGUGCUAAUGGCCAAGUACAGGGCAAAACAGGCAACUGUAAUCCCACACAGACUUUCUCCACUGCUCAAAGCCGAUGCAGAAAUCCCCUGACCACAGCUGUCAGGUCAGGGCUCCAGCCAUCCGAGAGUCCUACGCGUUUGUAGCUAUUGCUGGGAGUAUGGAUGCAUGUUCAUGGAGUAAAAAUGUGCUGAAACCCAUCCCUCCUGCACAGAGUGCUGCAGUUUGGGCACUGCUUGUACCCACCCAGGACUGUGCUGCAUCUUACACAGGGCUCAGGCUGGGUUUGCUCCCCCGGCACAGCCACGUCUGCUCACCACACCACGGCUCAUUUCAUUUAAGGGGUUCACGUGCUGGAGCAGGUGAAUCCAAAGUGUUGGCUUGUUCACUUAAACAUCUGUAUUUCGGUAAGAAAAAAGUUGAAACUAAAUGCACAAAUGUCAUCCUUUCUAUCUGUUCUGUAAAACACUGUACUUCUCAUAUGGUUUGUUAUU